AUGAGCACAGAUAUUCGUGAAUUCAGGGAGGCGCAUGGAUCAGAUCGGUAUGCGGGGCUUCUGUGUGACGUCGGCUCUGACCUGGAAUGUGCGAUUUGCCAGUCCAUCAUGUUUGUGCCAUUCGUGCUGGACUGUGGCCACAACUACUGCUACCCAUGUCUGAAACAGUGGUUCGUCAACAACAACUCGUGCCCCGAAUGCCGCACCAAGAUCCGCAAGGCACCCACGCAUUCGCUGACUCUCAAGUCGCUGGCUGAGAGCAUCACCAACAAGAUGAUCGGGGUGGAUCCAAGCUUGGAGAAGCCGUUUGCGCAGCGCAAGAAGGAGCAGGUCAAGCCGUACGCCAAGGACAUCAAGAAGAAGCGGGUGUUUCCUGCAUUUGUGGCCGAGAGCUCAUAUCAUCUGGACGAGGAAGACGGAGUGCAGCGAUGCUCGCAGUGCCAUUGGGAGCUAGAGGAGGGGGAGGACCAGUGCACCAACUGUGGAGUGUGGGUGAAUGACGGAUCUGGCCGGGAGGCAGCAGAGUCGAUCAAUGUUGAUGACGAGGAUGAGGAGUCUGACAGUCGACAACCUGGUGAGGAUAUCAGUGAUUACGAAGACGACGGGUUCGUGGUGGACGAUGAUGAGGUGGACGACGGAGGUGACGUGACAGGAGACGUGACUAUUCUCAGCGACAGUCAGGCGUCUUCUCCUGCCCCAACUUCUACUACUGUUCAGAUUAACGACUCCGAUCUCGACUCGGAGGAUGAGCAGUUCCUGCCGAAGGCGAAACGAUCAACAGAAGUUACAAUCGACGACAGCGAUGACGACGAACAGCUACAGCCCCGAAGGAAGCAUAAGAUCAUGUCUGAUUCAGAAGAUGACCAUCCGGCGGUUUCACGGUCCAAAAAGUCGCGUAAGAUAUUUUCUGACUCUGAAGAUGACGACAACCAGCAGCCAAGCUCGUCCAAGAGCAAGGCAACGACAAUUUUCACAGACUCAGAGGACGACGACGAGAAGCCAAGGGUAUCGCGACUUAAGAAGAAGAGAGAUGCAGUUGUGGUCCUGUCUGAUGAAGAAGAGGAGGAGGAGAGUUCAGAAGAGGAUUCUGAGGAUGUUUCAGACACGGACAACGAGGGCAUCACUAACGGCGUGUAUACAGGUCUUCCUUCUCGUCGAAGACGUGGUGGUGACGGUGACGAGAACUCUGAAGACGACUCUGACGACGACUCUGAAGACAACGAUUUGGGGGGAUUUGUAGUGGAUGAGGCCGAGGACGAUGGAUCUGAUGAUGAGGCCGAGUACUCUGAGGAAUAUUAG